AUGGAGAAACGACCGCGCAGGUACGAGAUCUCCAAGCCGAAGCCCAUCUAUGAACUACCACCGCCGCCUCCUCAUCUCAGAGGGGCAGAUUCAGCUCUACCCCCUCCGCCUCCACCGCCUGCGCCGGCUCCGCCGAAAGAGAUCGUGCCUCCACCCGCGCCUCCGAGACACCAGACCCCCGAUCCUGCACCAUGGUCCUCCCUCAUCCCACGGCCGCUGUCAGACAUACGCGAAUUGAGCGAGCCGAGCAUCCUUGAUCAUGCUAUGCUUCGCCAUCCACCGCAGCCCAGGCGCAAAGCGUCCGAGGCAGGCUCUGCCAAGCGCAGCUUGUCCAUCAAAAGAUCUCUUUCGCUGAAAGCUGCUACCUCGAUGUCUGCGAAAGCAGCAAAAGCAUCUCCACCAAAUCCAGGGAUUCAACCGCCAGAAGGGGGUUCGUCAUCUUACAGUAGCACCCCCGAGCCAGCAAGCUUCUUUAGCAUACCUCCGUCAAGCAUACCACAGCGGUCAUCUUCCUUUCAACGUCAAGGACCCAUUGGGCAUUCGAGGAAACCAUCUGUGCGCACACAGUCGGCGCCAGGUUCGGAUCGACAGCAGCAAUUCCUCGUCCCAAAUCAUGGGCCCAGCCAGUCGCCUGUGAAGCAGGCAGGGCUCAGAUUGGAUCCAAUGACUUCGGAUGCAGCUCGCCGAAUACCUUCGCGCACUCAGAUCCGAGCACCACCACCGUUGGAGAUCCUCGAGUUCCCACAGCACAAGCACCCGCGCGUUAGACUUGAGCUCCAAGUCUCGGCGCCUAUCUUCGUUGGCGGAGGCAGCGUAGAAGGCGUCGUCAAAAUUACUGUGGACGACAAUGAACAGUUCAGGGGACGGCGUCCUCUGGCUAUCGGAGGACUGGCUGUGGACCUACUUGGCAUCGAGCAAAUCAGCAACAAUCGGAAGGCCACUUUCCUUGCUCUCGGUACUGAGUUAAUAGACAAGAGGCAUCCUCCGCCUGCCAGAAUGGUUGAGUCUGGCACACUCUGUGCGGAAGAAAAGUUCUGGUCGUUACUACCCUCGACAUCAGCUCUCCCGUUCAUGAUCAGCCUGCCACUUGAUACGGGGCCCCCACCCUUUCAGUCGAAGCAUGCAAAUAUCCGUUUCAUGCUCGCCGCCACAGCAGUGAUCCGAGAGACUGGAAAACACUACCGGGUAAGAACGUCGCACGAUGUGCAUGUACUGCCUACAUAUGAUCCAGAGAAGGCGUUGACAUCGCUUCCGAGCCCGCUCACAGCGUCAGAUGAGUUGUCACUCUCUCGUUCGGCUGCAUCUGAGACAUUGAAGGUCACUGCUGGACUCCACAGACAAGUUUGGGUCAGUGGCAGCAGCAUCUUUGUUGACUUGCACAUUGUGAACAAAUGCUGCAGGCCUGUGAGAAAGCUGGAGCUCACGCUAGAGCGCGAUAUACUGUUUUACAAACAUGCCGCUGCGAUGACAUUGGAGAAGUCAGCCGGGCAAGCGCGCAUAUUCGAAUCAAACGAACAGGCGAUCUUGACCAAGACGCAACUCAAGUCUGGAACCGCUGGGUGGCACGGUGUCGAAUCACAUUCGAGCGAGACAAGGACCUGUGAGCUCGAAGUCCCACGGGGACACGCGACGGUUCGAUGCGGCAAAUGGUUUGAAGUGCGAUACUUUUUGAAUGUCACGGUGUCAAUGACCAGUUCAAAACUAGUCUCCAUACAACUGCCGAUCAUCCUCAUACACAUGAAUUCACUGGAUGUGGUGCCGAACUCAGUGGCGCAAGUCGCGGCUGCAAUCGAGGAGAAGCGUGCGUGCCGUCAGUUGAGCCGAUCACGUUCGCGCAGACAGGAUGCUAGCCAUGGUCGCCAAAGGUCCUGCUCAUCCCCCACGGCCACUACGAGACCGCUUCAGAAAACAUCUUAUGCGCAAGGUCGUGCCUUUGCUGCGCCGAGGCUGCAGUCGCUCGAACGUCGACGUGAGCAUGAGGUCGAUAUGGAGCAGAUCCGUGAAGUGAUCGAUUCGUCUCCACGAAAAUAUGGCCCGAAGUUGAAGAAAGGAGCAGCGUUGAUCAAGGUAGCCAGCAACACGAGCCUCGCGAGGAUGGCAUUUGGCACGAGAAGUACUGAAAUGGCUGACACCUCCGAUGUCCUAUCAUAUUCGACCCCUCCCAAUCAGACUGCCGGCAGCCUGAAAGAUGGACUAGAAGCUUGGAGAGGUUAUUUACGGCACGGUCAGAGUUCUGAAGCUUUAUCCAGGACUCGAUGGCCUGAUGAUCAAAAUAUCAGGCCGCAUGGCCCAUUCUCGUCGAAGGGAUCGCACAUUCCUCCCUAUGUCCUCGGGCUUGACUCUACCACGCGAGACGUCAGCAUGGAUGCACGAAGCGAACGGUCCGCUACGGCCAUGAGUCUGCGCGAGAAACUCGACCAAAGUCGAUUCGAGUUCAAAGCGGUGCGAAGGAAAGGAAGCGGUGGGCUCAGGGAGAGGAGUAUGAAUUGGUGGGGCCAACGACGGAACGGAGAGAGGGCGCGGGAGCGAGAAGGUUGGAUUUGA